AUGAUCCCUGUGGCCAUUCUUUCAUCCGGAAAUGUUCGUACAUGCGGUCCGUCUGUGACUGAGGCAUGCAUCAGGCCCAACAUUCCGUCCCAAAUCACAUUCCUGGGCGGGGGCCAUCGAGAUCAGCAGUUUAGCACCGCUUUGGAAGCGCUCAAGAUACAAUUAUCAAGGUUGCCUGUUAUCCUGUCAAAUCAGAUCUUGGUCUCACAUUCUUCCUCGCCUUGCGAUACUCCGUACUUUGGCCAUCUAAAGUCCAGCCUCCACACCGAACACCUCAGCCUUCCGCUAGGUAUCCGCCUCUCGUUCAACGGCUCUGUUUGGGGUCCGAAAGUAGCAAAAUCUUCAUACACAUUAUUACAGACUUGUCAAGAGCAAAAUCAACAAGCGACGUCAGGGGGUGUCGCCCAGGAUUGUCUGACGGCCUGCGGGCAUCAGAAAGGCGUCAAAGUUCCUCUUAGCAAGCCCAUGAUGCAAUACCAUGCCACACCUGGACUUCGAGAAACGAUUCCGAAGCAUAAUUUGGAAUUGUUUCAAAGACAAUCAUGA